AAGGGAUCCCACUGCAGCUAUGGUUACCAGGACUGCCAAAGAGCAGGCAGCAUGAUCAGCCACCACUCCAGCAGAUAGCACUGCUUGCACUCCAAGUUACAAAAAUAAAAAGUGACAACAUGAAGGGCAAAAUAGAAAAAAACAAGAUGGAAAAUAUGUUAUUUUGGCUGAUAAUUUUCAUCUCUGGAUGGCCCCUCUCUGAUGCGUCUGAAACAGCACCAGAUUUUACAUGGCAUUUGAGCAGAAUACCCCGGGUUGUGAGUGAGAGGACUGUCCGUCUUGCCAGCCCCACGUUCCAGGCAGAUGCUGGGGUAGUGAUGGCCAGAGUGUGUGGCAUCGAGUGUCAGGCAGAGCUCCCGGCUCCCAGCCUUUCCCAGCUCGAAGACUCCCUUUCCUAUGAGACGGUCUUUGAGAAUGGCACCCGAACCUUAACCAGGGUGAAAGUUCAAGACCUGGUCCCAGAGCCCGCUGGAAACAACAGCAUAAAAGGACCACACCCUAGGAGGAGGCGGCAGGUGUACGGUACAGACAGCAGGUUCAGCAUCUUGGACAAAAGGUUCUUGACCAAUUUCCCUUUUAACACAGCGGUGAAGCUGUCCACCGGCUGCAGCGGCGCCCUCGUCUCCCCCAACCACGUGCUCACAGCUGCCCACUGUGUCCACGAUGGGAAGGACUAUAUCAAAGGCAGUAAGAAAUUAAGGGUGGGAGUGCUGAAGAUGAGAAAUAAAGGAGGCCGCAAGAAACGCAAAGGUUCCAAGAGGAACCGGAGAGAAGCCGAGGGUGCUGGCCGAAGUCACAGUGGUCAAGAGCAACCUCAGGAGAGCACCACACAAAGACGGGGAAAAGGAUCCAGGAGGGGUCCGGGGGUCACCCAAGGGAGGCCCUCCUUCCAGUGGACUCGUGUCAAGAGCACCCACAUUCCCAAAGGCUGGGCGAGGGGAGAGAGUGGGGACCCGGCCUUAGACUACGACUAUGCGCUCCUGGAGCUGAAGCGAGCUCACAAACAGCAGCAUAUGGAGCUGGGAGUCAGCCCCACCAUCGCCAAGCUGCCCGGAGGCCGGAUCCACUUCUCCGGGUUUGACAACGAUAGGGAUGAUCAGUUGGUGUAUCGGUUUUGCAGCGUUUCAGAGGAAUCCAAUGACCUCCUGUAUCAGUACUGCGAUGCUGAAGCAGGCUCCACCGGCUCUGGCAUCUACCUGAGGCUCAAAGAGCCAGGCAAAAAAAACUGGAAACGCAAGAUCAUCGCCGUCUACUCAGGCCACCAGUGGGUGGAUGUACACGGGGUUCAGAAGGACUAUAACGUGGCUGUGCGCAUCACACCGCUCAAGUAUGCCCAGAUUUGCCUCUGGAUCCAUGGAAAUGCAGCCAACUGUGCUUAUGGCUGAGGAAAAACUGAGGCGAGUUCAUGCACAUCCUGAAUGCCAGAGAAAGCCAGCUCUCACUUUGAGACCCCUCACGGGCUGUGCUUGUACUCGGACCUGUCGGUGGUGUGCCAUCGUUUUUUACAGACUUCCUUUAUCAAAAUUAGGUAACUUUCUCACAGUUAGAAUGUUUAGGUACAGAUAAUGAAACUAGAUGGCACUUCAGCGUCAAAAAUAUACUCUAUGUGGUGGUAAGUUUCGUUGAGGGAAACCACUGUUUACUUGGGCCUUCUUUGAAACUAGACACUCUUUUAAAAGGUCAAACCAGAACUGUAAUAUGACUUCUCAACAGGCUUGCUCUUAGAGCCCUACUCUAAGAAGAACCAACUUGAAUGGAAUAAUACCAAGAUUCAUAGUAACACAAUUAGAAUCAGGAGAGACAAGGAGGUUUCAUUGGUAGAGUUAUGAGACAGAGCCAUUCAGCUCUGUUCCUGCCCUGGGUGUUUAUAUGUGUUUUCUCUUGGUACCGAGAAACUUAUUUUAGGAACUACAGAUCAAAACAUAUAAAAAUUACAAAUCAAAAGAAGUAGUGAACUUUAUAAACAAAACUAUUAACUGUGGCUUUAAGAAAAGAAACAACAAACCAGCAUCAACCUGUCUGUCAAAAAUUGGAGAAACACUUUGUUCUGUGCAACGAACCAACUUUAAAGAUACUGAAAGCAGAGGCACCAACUUUAAAAAUAUUGAAAGCAGAGGCAUUUUUGUUUGUUUGUUUUGUUUUUUGUUUUUUCAAGGCAGGGUUUCUCUGUGUAGCCUUAGCUGCCCUGGAACUCGCUCUGUCGACCAGGCAGGCCUCUAACUCACAGAGAUCCACCUGCCUCUGCCUCCUGAGUGCUGGCAUCAAAGGUGUGUGCCAGCACUGCCCAGCUUGAAAGCUGAGACACUUUAAAAUCUCCAGUUUUUAUUUAACUAAUUCUCAAGAUAGGAAGUUUUCAAGGAGUGCAAAGACUCCUCUUCACAAGCCAGGAUCCUGCUUUGAACUCCACUCCUUGCCAUGCUGUACUGUCUACUCUGUAAGGUGCUAUGUUUUUAGAGCAAGGGAUUUUUGAAGUCUUUUUAAAAAGUGAACCCACUUGCUCCAAACCCUCAGAUAGCAAAGAUGGUUCUGAUGGUUCUCAUUAGGGACCCAGGUGGCAUCGUCACUCUGGCUCCCAAGUAGCAUUAAGAUGUUAGUGACCUGCUAGAGCAAAAUGCAGAGUAAGCACUUAGGGCACUCACCCUGAACAAACAAGUAUGGUGUAAAUGGCUACAAACAGGGUUAGGGCAGGGCAUUAUGCUUAAGCAGUUUCGAUGAUAUACUCAAGCACACUCUAAAAUUUAGUAAUUCAGGAGCCCAAUCUUUGCUCUAUUCUUUCUGGCAAUUUCAAAGGUCACAUAUUCUUCUCUCAUGACACAAUUCACUGCUGGAGUAAAAUCUUUUUUCUUUUAGAGGUGUCCCAAUAAAGACUACAAAAUAAGAAAUUAUUAUUCCCUGUUUUUGUUUUCUGUUAUAUUCUUGAUUAGUAGGCAAAAGGGUAUCUUCAUUUGGGUUAGCAUAAUGACGUUGUAAAUGGUGCUUAAAAUAUCUGCCAUUCUUUUAUAAUGUGAGUUGUUAAAAAUAGUUUAAUAAAAUUAAAAAAUAAAGUUGAUGACUGUGUUUAUAUAUAUAUAUAUAUUUUAGUUAAAAGGUUUUAGAAAAUAUUCAAUUAACUAUCACUUAGCUAGAAAGUAUUGUCUUUAAUGCUCAUCUCACUGAUAGUCUAUCAUUGCUUCCAGUACCAAGAGGAACACACACUGAAAAUAAAUCCAUUUUCUUUAGGGUGGGAUAAUAUGUACCAUCUCUGUAUUAGUUACUUUUCCUGUCAGUGUGAUAAAAUACCCUACAAAAGCAA